AUGGUCACUGUCUUAAUAGAGCCAUUUAAUUUCAGAUGUGUGUGUGUGUGUGUGUGUGUGUGUGUGUGUGUGUGUGUGUGUGUGUGUGUGUGUUUUGAGGAAGAGGUAGGGGGAAGAGAGACCCUGGCAGCCGCAGAUACUUCCUUGCAACUGUCAAAGCUCAGCCAGCAUUUGCAAAAUACCACCCAUCCAGAUGCUUGGCCCAGAAGCCCAGCCCCUCUGAACAUGAACCACUAUGCCAAUAAGAGUGCAGCUGAGAGCAUGCUGGAUGUAGCUAUGUUGAUGGCCAAUGCCUCCCAGCUAAAAGCUGUCCUGGAGCAGGGGCCAAGCUUCUGCUUUUACACCCCCACCAUCACUCUAAUCAGCAUCUCUCUGUGUCUACAGGUCACAGUUGGGGCCCUGCUUAUCUUCAUAGUUCGAUGGAACCUGAAUGAUGACCAAAAACACUGGAGGCUGAACUUUAUGGAAAACUUGGUCACAGGUCUGGUGUUCAUCGUGGUGGUGGUCAAUGUCUUCAUCACAGCUUUUGGAGUCCACCGAAUAAUCAUAGCAACUGACUAA